AUGGCGUCUAGAUUGAAGCUUCCAAAUUUAAAGAUCAGCGUCGACAACACGCAAUCUAGCGACGAUUCCGAAGUGGAAGUUGCUGUCGCAGAUACUUCGAGUGUAGACGGCGAUGAUUUUAGUAAGGAUAUCAAGCCGCGGGUUCACACCAGGCUAGAAGAUGGAGAGGUUCACGAAGAAGAUGAGCAGGAUGUAUUAUCGAUAGGUACCACAGAACCAACAGAGAGACGAUUUUUGUCCACCGGCGCGCUUCGUACUCAGGUAACUUAUGGACCGAGAAUUUACGAGAACAAAACUGGAAACUUUGUUACAGGUGUUGAUAUCACAUCAGAAGAAGCAUCAGAGAAGAGGGAGAAAAGAACUCAAAGAUUUGGCACUCUGAGCACACCGAAGCAACCCAUAACAGACGUGGACAUUAAAAAUCUGUACAAAAGCCUUGGCAUGAGUACGGACACCCUGGACCAGGACCUACGUGGCUGGCGUACAGAUGCCAUCUUGUUACGAGGAACGGAAAAUAUGAGCACAAAAGAUGUCUUUGAUUACUUCUCAGAAUACGCACCAAAAGGAGUAGAAUGGAUUGAUGACUUUUCUUGUAAUGUCCUCUGGCAAGACAAACUGACCCCAGCGAGGGCUCUUCUGAAGCUAAGUUCCAGUAUGGAGGAAGCUGGGGUGACAGAGAGACCUUUAGAAGUGGAAGGACCAAAUGUCUAUGGUGUUAGUCCAUUAAACAGAGAUAAACAAACAAACAGUUCUGAAACUGUGACUGAAUCUAACACAAAUGCGACAGAUAAAACAUCAGGUCCAGUUAGUGCAGCUGUCACCAGUGUCCCGGAGAGCGGUUUGCAGCAAUCAACACCAGCUGCUGAUGAUCGCACACAUGACGAGCCGGUACUGAAUAUUUUAAUGGAUGAAGCCAUGGAACUUGAUUAUGACGAUAACCUUGACCUUACAGAGGAAGACCCCAUAGAUAAAGCCCUAUCGACGUGGGCUAAUUUCUCACAAAAUAAAAAGGUCAAAGCAGAACAGGCAAAAGAAGUGGAAAGAAGGAAGUCGGAAACACAGAAAGAAAAGGAAAGGAUAUCUCAAAAAGAAAAGAUGUAUCAAGAUAUUGAGGUCAAGGAAGAAAAAGACUUUAACAAGAAAAGCGGAAGCAGAAAUAACGAAACAGUUCCAAGGAAUCGGAAUAUUCCAGAAUCUGGUGAUCAGAACCAGACUAGACUAGUAAGUUCUAGAACUUCGCAUGGCAAGAAUUCUUCAAAACUGGACAGAUCAAAGAACAAAUCAAAAGUGGCUCAGUCCUUGACGCAAAAGAGAAACGAAAAAAUGCAUGCGAGCGACGAAUCAGAUACUGAAAGCAGUAGUUCAGGGUCGUCGUCUUCCAGUUCCGGGUCAUCAUCAUCAUCAGGGUCAAGUACAAGCUCCGGCUCUGAUUCUGAAUCUGGGUCGCGCUCAUCAGCUAGUUCUGUGGAUACUGUCAAGGCUAAACAGAGAAAGACUCGGGAAAGGAGAGACAGAGAUAAUGAAGCUAGAAAGAAGUCACGGAGAGCUGCCCCUCCACCAAUCCUACCUCAAGCAAAAGAGAAAGCAGACAUUCCUUGGCCACCUGGCUGGUGGAGACUGGGAGUCCCCUACCCCAAAGCCAAAUAUUUGUUUCUGAGAUAUGCGAUGAAAGCUGACAAGAAGAUACCCGGAGCAGAGAAGAGAAGCAAGUACUACGUCAAACAUGGCAAUCCCAACUUUGGAGGGAUUGUUGGCUUUAUCAGCAAGUCCAGAAAACGCAGGCUCCGGAAUGUCGACAAAGAAGAACCACUUGAAGUGGACAGUGACAGCCUGGAUGUGACCAAGAAUGAGGAGAAGAUUGUAGAAGGGGCCCAGUCAAGAUUGGCAGGUCGUAUCGGGGUCAGGGGAGAGUUGGGAGGCAGUAGGCAACGAGACCUGGAUGACGAGGCUGAGAAGCCUCGGCUGAAGGCGGGAAGAGACCUUAGAGAUCUGCUCAAUCGGGAUGUGUCAGCAGCUCAACAAGACUCAGGAGAUAAACCUGAGGCCAUAAAUGAGUCUGAUGGUGAGAUGGAUUAUGGUGCAGAGUUAGAGCGACUGAUGGGGGAUGAUGCACCUCCUGCCAAGAAGAGGUUUAUGCGCAUGCAUGCUGAUGACGAGGAGGAAAAGAUAAUAGCUAAAAGACUGCUUAAUGUCCGAAAGGACACGACCAAAUGGCCAAGGGGAGACCACAUUGAAGAAGAUGAUGUUGAAGGGGAAGAAGAAUAUGAACCCGAGGAGAUUCCACGACCACAAAGAAAAGAAUGGGUAGAUUACGAUAAUGUUGAAGACGAGGACCCAUUUAAUUUGUUCGGAACCUCGAAAGGGGGCCCACCUAAAAAGGUGUCAGGUGAUGAGGAAGAAGUCGAUGAUGACACUGAGAGGACUUUUAGAAGAGACAGAAGUUCUGAUCGGACGGGUAGGGAUGUUAGGCAAAGGCUGGGGACUUCAGAUCUUAGAGCGAAGAUUCAAGGGCUGAAGAAAGCCAGCAGUCGGACUUGGUGA